AUGAAAAGACUCGAGAUUCUCAAAACGCUCCACACCACGCCGUACAAGGAACGAAAGGAUCGAAAUCCCUGUCGCGUUCCAGGGACACUGGAGUGGUUUGUCGAGCACGAGAGCUUUCGGCAAUGGAACGACGCAUCGGCAUCCACGAUGCUGUGGGUGUCGGCCGAUCCGGGUGCUGGAAAGUCGGUGCUGGCGAGGCAUCUCGUGGACCACGAGCUGACGCAACAGCGCAAUGCCAACGGCGACGUCGUGCGGAAGCGGGACGUCCGCGGCGCGCUGAUUCCCAAUGCAUCUGCUACCGUCUGCUACUUCUUUUUCAAGGACGACUUUGAGGACCAGAGGUCGGCAAAAGAGGCCGUCAGCUGCAUCAUUCAUCAGCUGCUGACGGAGCGGAACGACCUGUUCACCGAUAAGAUUCUAGACCGCUUCGAGACGGGCGGUGGGUACGACCGGCAGUCCUUUCACGACUUGUGGGACAUCUUGAUCACGACGCUGUUGCAAGCGCCCAGCGGCCAACGGGAACAGGAACGGAACCCGGCCGACAACGCCCCCACCACACACCCACCGCUGCAUGUGUUGUGUGUCUUGGAUGCAUUCGACGAAUGCAACCUCACUGACCAGAGGACGCUUGCCAAGGCCCUGGGCGACUUCUAUGCCGGACCGGUGGCGCGCAACAGCAACGUUGUCCUCAAGUUCUUGGUCACCAGCCGACCGUACCGAAACAUCGAGCAGGAGUUUCGCUACGACAGCAAGCUGAACGUAUCGUUUAUGCGUUUGAGUGGCGAGGGCCCCGACGAAGUGGCCAAGAUCCAGAACGAGAUUGGCAUAUACAUUCGCGCCAAGUUGGAUUCCAUCGCCCGCGAGCACAAUCUCAGCGCGGCCGAAACAAGGACGCUCCACGACAAGGUGCUGCAGAUUCCCCACCGCACCUAUCUCUGGGUCUACCUCACGCUGGACUUGAUUCAGCGGGAAUUCGACGAAGACAUGGACCUGGACAUGGCCAUGAGCGAUCUCCCCAAGGACGUCGACGACGCCUACGAGAAGAUUCUCGCCAGGAUCAAGCCCAAAGACGUGGACAAGGCGCGACGCUUGCUGCACAUUAUCGUCGCGGCCGUGCGCCCACUGACCCUCGACGAGCUCAACUUUGCGCUCGCCCUGAAAAAGGGAGACACGUCCUACGGCGACGUCAAGAUGGUGCGCCCCGACAGGUUUCCUAGGUACAUUCGGAACCUCUGCGGGCUGUUUGUGACCGUCGUCGACGCUCGGGUGUAUCUCCUCCACCAGACCGCCAAGACGUUCCUUGUCGGCCAAGGCGGAGCCACCACGCGCCCCAGGCCCGUCCCACCGUCCAGCGGCUUGCCGCGGUGGAAAGCGUCGCUCGAGCCGGGCGAGUCGCACUACGUCCUGGCCAAAAUAGCCAUCUGGCACCUGCAUUUUACGACGUUCAAGGGCGCGACGAGCGACACCGAGAUGCUCUCGCUGUCCGACUAUUACAAGUACAAGGACAAGCACGUCUUUUUAGAGUAUUCUGCCUGCAACUGGCCGAGCCACUUUCGCCAGUCCAAUGGUCCGGGCAACGACGAAGACGUGCUGUCCUUGCUGAGUUUGUGCGGCCCGAGCGCCGACGGCACGGUGACGUGGCUGGACAUCUACUCCGCCUACGGACACAACUAUGUCGUUUUUGAUGCGCGCCGCAUCCUUGUGGUCGCGGCCUUUUGCGGCCUAGACAACGUCGUGGGCGCUCUCUUGGCACGUCCCGGCAUCGAUGCCAAUGCCACCGACAAGAUGUAUCAGCGCUCGGCCCUGCACUGGGCGUCGAACCAUGGAUUCGACAAGACGGUGGAGCAGUUGCUCGCUCAUGCGGGCGGCCGCAUGCACAUCAAUGCAAAGGACUUGUUCGGCAGAACGCCGAUGGCCAUCGCCAGCCAGAACGGCUUCGAGGCCAUUGUGCGACUGCUCCUAAACGCAGGCGCGGACGUCCAUGCGACCGACUGGCAGGGCGAGUCGGCGUUGAUGUAUGCCGCCGCGGCCGGGCACCCGGGCAUUGCAGACGUGCUUCUGCAGGCGGGCGCCGAUGCCAACUCGGUCGGGACGUACGGCCACACGGCUCUGCUGUUUGCCGUCGAGAGGGGCGACGCGGCCAUUGUGCAACGUCUUGUCAAGGCGGGCGCCAAGAUGCAUCUGAGCGACGGAAUCCGAAAUAUGGCCGACUUCCAUGUUCUGAUGAAUGACCAAAGCGCCAUCGACUAUCCGCUGGACGAGCCGAAGGCGCCGUUCAUCAUAUCGAAAGCCGGUCCACUCUUGACGAUUUGA